AUGGCCCCGCCCGUCCUCGGCAGCUGUCUGAGCCGUGCCUUUCUCUACCGCGCGCUACCUGUUGGGAUGGUGUGUAUGACUUCUUCGUCCUUCAGCGCAGCAACCCUCGCUUUGCUCACAACCCCAUCAUGGGUCGCAUUGUCGGACGCGGCCGGCGCUCCGUGGCCAAUAGCUUUUAGUCCUGAUGUGACGGUUGGCCCGGAUGGGCCGUGGAACGUCAUCGCAUUCGACAUGGACGACCCCGACCAGUGGCUCCUCCCCUCCCUCUUGCGAACCUCCGUCAUGGUGAACGCCAGCGUCUGCACCUCCCAAUCAUCCGACUGCCAGGACAGCGCUUCCUUCUCGCCCUCGGCCUGGCCCGACGAAGCGGGCGCCUACACGGCCGCCGUCAUGGGCCUCGAGGGCUCGCUGCGCUACGUCUCUGACCGCGUCACCCUCAAGCACGACGGCCGGCCCUCUGAGACGCUCACCCGCAUCGGCACCGCCGUGGCGGACAACGUGUCGGUGACGUAUCCCGGCGGCGCGGCGUACACGCUGGACGUGGGCUACCUGUCGCUGUACGGAGGCGCCCCGACGCUCGACUGGACGGCGGCGGAUGGCGAGACGCCCGUGUCGCAGAGUCUGACGCUGCCGCUCGCCUACACCAAGGGCCUCAUCCCCAGCAUCAGCUACGGCCUGCACCUCGGCUCCGCCGCCCACCGCCUCCCGGGCAGCCUGUACUGGGGCGGCUACGACCAGGCCCGCGUCAUCGGCGAGCCCGUGGCCGCCAGUGACGCUGCCACCGGCGGCUUUUUCGACCUCGUCGACGUCUCGCUGGGCGUGGCGGCCGGCGCGAGCGCGCUGCUCAACGCUUCUUCAACCCCGCUGACCGGCCUCCUCGACACCAGCGGCACCGACGCCGCCUCCUCCUCCUCCUCCUCCCUCGCCGCCCGCGCCGACCCGGGCGUCCCGUACCUCUACCUCCCCGGCGCCACCUGCGCCUCCAUCGCCGCCCAUCUGCCCCUCACCUUCUCCCCGGACUACGGCCUCUACCUCUGGGACACGUCCGCGCCCUCGUACCCGCGCCUCACCACCUCCCCCCACCACCUCUCCUUCACCUUCUCCUCUCCCUCUUCUUCCAACAACACCACCACCACCACCAUCGCCGUCCCCCUCACCCUCCUCAAUCUCACCCUCACCUCCCGCAUCACCUCCUCCGGCCCGACGACCUACUUCCCCUGCCGCCCUUACGCCACCACCGCCGAUUCCACCACCGAUCCCACCGACUCCACCCUUCAACACCAACACCAACACCAACAGCCCCACCAACAGCCCCACCACCACCACCCCCACCCCGCCGCCAUCCUCGGCCGCGCCUUCCUGCAAGCCGCGUUCCUGGCCCAAAACUGGCAGACGGGCACGACGUGGCUGGCGCAGGCGCCGGGGCCCGCGGGGAUGGUGGCGGUGCCAGUGGUGAAGGAGAUGGCGGAUCGGGGGGAUGAUGCGGCGGCGGCGGGGGAUGCGGGGUUGCCGGUGUACUCGCGGAAGGGGGGUGGGGCGACGGGGUCGGGGUGGGUGGGGACGUGGGAGGGGGUGUUGAGGGCGUUGGGUGAGGAUGAGGGGGAGGGGGCGGGGGCGGGGGCGGUGACGACGAGGUCGACGGGGUGGGAGGAGGGGGAGGGGAAUAAGGAGGGGGAUGAGGAGGAGGAGGAGGAGGAGGAGGAGGAGGAAGAGGAGGAAGAGGGACUAUCAGUCGGGGCGAAGGCGGGAGUGGGGGUGGGAGCGGCGGUGGUGGUUGUGGGCGUCGUGGUGGGAGUGGUGUGGUGGAUGAGGAGGGGGAGUGGGAAGAGGGAGGACGAGGAGGAGGAUGAUGGUGGGGCGGCAGCGGCGGAAAUGGGCGUGGGGCGGCGGCGGCGGCGGCGGCGGCGGCAGCCGCUGUGGGUGGGUAGUGAGGAGUUGGAGGAACACGAGUUCGUGGAGAUGGGCGGCGGCGGCGGCGGCGGCGGCCCGCGGAAAGAGGAGGCGAGGCAGCUGGAGAGAGCUAUCGUGGCCUGA